UUGUGGCUAUUUACUGUCAGAGGGAUGUAACAAGAAWUGCUGGAUUUAUUUUGAACACAACUUCACUGGAAGGAGUUGCCCUCUCUCAGCAUCAAAUUUAUGAUCUAAGCUGCAACACUUAAUGAGAAUUUAAAGCAAAAUGAAAUCCUCGUGACUUGAACAUGCAGGAAAUGCGUUGAGUUUGAAUUAUUCGCGGACGGACUUGGUGAUUGUCGCACAGACGGCUGAGGAUGGUGGAGCGGUCGGACCGAGCCCGUUUGCUGGACUGGGAGGAGGUCCCGUCCGCGGAGAGACCGGGCGGCGAGGCGCCGGACGGACCGCCGAGCCCCUCCAGCGGCCGAGCCUCGUCGGGAUGCCCGGGGUUUGGGUGGAGCGGCGGACCGGCGGGGGGUCCCGCUCCCAGCUCAGACGGCUUCGGCGCCCCGCCCGCGACCUCCGGCGCCCCGGCGGCCGCGGAUGAAGCGUUGCCUCCCGACAAGGAGGCGCAUCUGUCGGAUUCAGGGGCGMGGGAGGCGUCGCUGCAGGACAGGAUGGUGAAGUGGGAGGAAAAGGACCAGAUUGUGUCCGUCUUUGUAGUUACAUUCAACACCAGAACAGGAAACAUGUUGGAGUGGUGUCUGCCYAAAGACAUGGACCUGGAGGGAGUAGAGUUCAAAGCCAUUGCCAGCGGCUCCCACCGAGUCACGACGGACUUCAUCUACUUCAGGAAGGGCUGCUUCUUCGGCCUCGCUUGCUUUGCCAACAUGGCYGUGGAGAGCACGGAGGAGAGGGGGGCGAGGAUGAAGUCGGUCGGGAUCCUGUCCCCUUCCUACACCCUGCUCUACCGCUACAUGAGCUUCCUGGAGCAUCAAGUCAGGCUCCAGCUUCAGUCCCCUGGACACUAUUCCCCCCUGGAGGCCUUCUAUGAGGACAAGCGAGCUCUGCUGCCCCCCAGUGGAGAGAGUGUUGUUACUGCAUUACCCUCCAAUGCAUGGGGAGCUGCCAUUAACCACAGCAUGCACCCUGAAAUGAAGAUCACCCAUCCUGCAGGCUGCAUGUCUCAGUUCAUCCGCUUCUUUGGGGAGCAGAUCAUGGUUCUCUGGAAACUGGCGCUGCUCCGCCGGCGCAUCCUCAUCUUCUCUCCCCCACCUGUGGGCGUGGUCUGCUACAGAGUGUACUGCUGCUGCUGCCUGGCUAACGUCUCCAUCCCCGGGGUGGGCAUGGCCGUGCCCGAGUUCAGACCCUUCUUCUACGUCAAUGUCGCCGACAUCGGCGUCCUGGAGAACGAGCUGUCCUACGUGGCAUGCACGACUGAGAAGAUCUUCGAGGAGAAGAAGGACCUGUACGACGUUUACGUCGACAACCAGAACGUGAAGACGUACAGGGACGGCCUGAAGCCUCUGCUCCGCCUCAGCGCCGCAGACAGAGAGAAGUACCGCAAGCUCACCGAGCAGAGGCAGAUGUUGCUGUAUUCCCAGGAGGAGAAUGGAGACUGUGUGUCCAGUGAGGAGGACCUCUUUAUUUUGUUCUUCCUGGAGCAGAACAACAGGAUUUUCCAGACUCUGAGCGAGGUGGCAGGAAGCUCAGACCCCACCAUCACUCAGGAGAGCGUGAGGGCCAUGGGUCUGGACCCACACGGGGACCGGCUCUUUCUGCUCCACCUGCUGGAAAUCUAUGGCUACGACAGCCUGCUGGUCUCAGAGCAGCUGUGCUGCAGCUGAGAGACGCUCUGCUGGGUUUUAUCCUCAACGUCUUCAGGACCCUGUCUGAACCUGCUGCAGGCCCCCCAGAGUAAUAUUCAGCUCCUGCUGGUGGUUUCAGUUGGUUUAAAAGCUCUAACUUCAGACUGAAAGAGUUAAACUAAUACAGACUGCAGAGAAAGAUCCAGCUGAAGAUAAAUCUAGGGACGUUUGCAGUCAACGUGCACUGAAAACUAAAAAUGAGAGAGCUGGGUUUUCUGUAAAUAAUGCCGAUUUGUCCUUUGUGUACGGUGUGUGUGUGUGCGUGUGUGUGUGUGUCAGUAUGUUUGAUCUGGGUCUGAAUCUGUCCCAAUGUAGUGCUUUAAGUGCUGGAUUUAAGCCUCUAAAAGAAAAUCAGGACCUCUGUUGUGUCAAACUGCCUUCAACUCGACGGAUCAUGUCUGUAACAUUAAACUCGCCGCUCAGA